AAUUGAUGGUUUUAUUUCUGCUUAACUAACUUUUGCCAGUACUCAGCAGAUACAAAUGCAGUUUCCUCUGAGUUAUAUUAGCUUAUAAUCCUUUGUGGUCUGCUAUUUAAUUCUGCUUUCUAUUCUGAAAGAGUUCUUAGCCUUUGUUCAUUAAUCAUGGGAAACAGUUGUGCGACAUGCCUUGACAUUAAGUUGAAUAUCUAAAAUUAGUCCUGGUACAAUCAGUAUUUGAGAACAAGGUUUCAGUAGUUUGUGGCAUGUGUUUAAAUAGACUUUGCAAGGUUGGAAGAACUCCCUAGAAAAAAAGUUUACAGAAACCUGUUCACAAGAAUGGCAUCCUGGUUAUAUGAAUGUCUUUGUGAAGCUGAACUUUCACAGUAUUAUCCUCAUUUUACUGCCCUUGGCCUUCAGAAAAUAGAUGAAUUAGCCAAGAUUACAAUGAAAGACUACUCCAAAUUGGGAGUCCAUGACAUGAAUGACCGCAAACGUCUCUUCCAACUUAUCAAAAUCAUUAAGAUUAUGCAGGAAGAAGAUAAAGCAGUCAGUAGCCCAAAGCAUUCUCUUCAGACAAACAGUCUAUGUACCAAGCCUUGCAAACUCGGAUCUGGCCCUCGAAGACAACUGAAUUUUGAUUCUCCUACUAACAACAAAAGUAGAACUGCCAGCAAUGUUGGGUUUGAAAUGUGCCAUUUAUCAAAUUUCUCUACAACUGAACAGAAGCCUACUCACUUAAAAGUUCUGGAACACAUGCUACCAGAUGAUUCCCAGUACUGUACAAAAACAAGAAUUUUGAAUGCCACAGCUGCUGAUUCCUAUGUGCAAACAGAAAUUAACACUUCAUUCUUUUCAUCAAACCACUUUUCUCCAGUACUGGGAAAUUGUGAUAUUCCCAUUAUUCAAAGGAUCUCUCAAGAUUCAGGAUAUAAUUAUGGAAUUCCUCAUUCCUGUAUCAGACACAACGCCUCAGAGAAAGAGAAUCCUUGGACUGAGAUGGAGAAAAUCAGAGUUUGUGUUCGCAAACGCCCUCUGGGCAUAAGGGAAGUACGUCGUGGAGAAAUUAAUAUUAUUACUGUAGAAGACAAAGAAACUCUACUUGUGCAUGAGAAGAAAGAAGCAGUUGACCUCACACAGUAUAUUCUGCAGCAUGUUUUUUAUUUUGAUGAAGUCUUUGGUGAGGCGUGUACCAAUCGGGAUGUAUACAUGAAGACUACUCACCCACUCAUUCAGCAUAUUUUCAAUGGAGGCAACGCCACUUGCUUUGCAUAUGGACAGACAGGUGCUGGAAAGACCUACACCAUGAUAGGAACUCAUCAGAAUCCAGGACUUUAUGCUCUGGCUGCCAAAGAUAUCUUCAGGCAACUAGAAGUGUCUCAGCCAAGAAGGCACCUCUUUGUGUGGAUCAGUUUCUAUGAAAUCUACUGUGGACAACUUUAUGAUCUCCUAAAUAGGAGAAAAAGGCUCUUCGCAAGAGAAGAUAGCAAGCAUGUGGUACAGAUAGUGGGACUGCGAGAGCUUCAGGUGGAUAGUGUGGAGCUCCUCUUAGAGGUGAUCUUAAAGGGCAGCAAGGAGCGCAGCACUGGAGCCACUGGAGUUAAUGCAGACUCCUCUCGUUCCCAUGCUAUCAUCCAGAUUCAGAUCAAAGAUUCAGCCAAGAGGACAUUUGGCAGGAUCUCUUUUAUUGACUUGGCUGGCAGUGAAAGAGCAGCAGAUGCCAGGGACUCAGAUAGGCAGACAAAGAUGGAAGGCGCAGAAAUAAAUCAGAGUCUUUUGGCUCUGAAGGAAUGUAUCCGAGCACUGGAUCAGGAACAUGCCCAUACUCCUUUCAGGCAAAGCAAAUUAACUCAGGUCUUGAAGGACUCUUUUGUUGGCAACGCCAAAACCUGUAUGAUCGCCAACAUUUCACCAAGCCAUGUGGCCACUGAACACACUCUGAAUACCUUGCGCUAUGCUGACCGGGUCAAAGAGCUAAAGAAAGGCAUUAAGUGCUGUGCUUCAGCCACCAGUCGAAGUCAGUCAUCAGGAAACUCCUCUCCAAAACGAAUUCAGAGCCCUGCCGUGGUCCUGCCAGGGGACAAAUAUUCUCCCAAAAAAGUAAAGCUGGGCCUUCCACAGUCACUCACGGUAGCAUCUGGCUCCACAAGAGGGAAGAGCAAUCCUCUGGCCAGCCACCCACCAAAUAUCCCUUUUGCUUCUGUACCUAAAGUCCCUGGUAAAAGGGGGGGCUCCAGAGGCAGUCCUCCCCAGGAGUGGGUCAUACAGUCUGGCCCUGCGAAAGGAACCAUGCGUUCUGGUCUUCUGGCUAAAAAAAAGGAAGAGGAGUCCACACCACUGGGCUCUGAGAAAAGUCAAAUGGGCAACAAAACUACCCUUACAUGGGGAAGCAGGACCCCAUGCCCAGAAGGCCUAGUGCAUGGUAAGCUACCUGCCAAGUGCAAGAAAGUGCAGACUGUGCAGCCAGUACAGAAGCAGCUUAUGUCACGAGUCGAGCGCUCCUUUGGAAGCACCUGCCACUUAGAGGACAAGGCAGGCGUGUCUGCCAGGCCUGCUCCUGGAACUUGGACAGACAUCCCCCCACAUCAGAGAGAGAGAGAGGAACAUUUGCGUUUUUAUCACCAGCAGUUCCAGCAGCCGCCUCUCCUCCAACAGAAGUUAAAGUAUCAACCACUGGAAAGGUUUGUAUGCCAGUACAGGCCCCCAGAGGUUCGGCUGCAUAAUGAGACCCCUCCUCUAUUCCAGUGUCACUCUGAGAGCCAUGAUGGAGCCCAAGCUGAGGACCUUGAUGACAGCGAUUUCAGUGAAGAUUCAUUUUCACAUGUGUCCAGUCAGAGGAGCACUCUGGAGAAGAGUGAAGGCUCGUUCUUCCUUCAUCAGAGCGGGGGCCAAGGUCCUGAGGAACGCAUGUCAGAAAGGCCUCAGAGUCUCCUUUUUAGCCCCAGGGCAGGCGGUGAGGAGAAAGCUGAAGGCUGGGUAUACUCCAGGGACCCCCAGAGCCACAGAAGAGCAGCAUUCGAUCAUAGCCACAGCCCAAGGAAGGUGCCCUUGGAUUGGAGCAGAGACUCCACCUGCUCGGGGCCUUCUCCAGGAGACAGCCUGGCCGAGAGGCCUUGCUGCCCACAGGUAGAUUUCGUAGUGAGUGAGAAAAGAGGUAGAGGUCCAGCCUUUGAUGGCAGACAGGACGCUUUCAGGAGUGGGAUUCCUGGGCAGGCAGAAGACAGCUCCUCGUGCCCGGGGGAAGACGGCUUUGCUUGCUCCAUGUCCCCAGACCAAAGAGACACAAGCACCACACCCCCAGGAGAAGUCUGUGAAGACUGCCCGGCUGAGGCAGGCAGGACGGAGGAAAGCAGCAGUCCUUUCCAAGAGGGCUCCGACUGUGCUUCUGGCCUGAUGGCUCCCCUCACAGUGUCCCUCCUGGAGAACCCAGAUGAUGAGGUCCAGGGAGGGGCUGUGCACAGACUAGCGCCAGAGAGCACAGUGGGACCAGCUGUGGGCUGCACAGCAGCAUCUGGUGAUAUAGAGGCAGCUGCCUUGCCAGUGUCUUCAGCAACUGGACACCUGUGGCUGUCCUCAUCUCCUCCUGAUGAUAAGCCUGGUGGUGGUCUGCCAGCUUUGUCCCCAUCACCCAUUCGUCAGCACCCACCUGACAAGCUGCCCUACAGGGAGGCUGGCCUGGGAGAGGCCUGCCUGAGCAGAGAGACUGCAUUCUUCUCCCAGGACCAUGUGGGUGGUGAGCGGUACGAUGCUGAGAGCGAGCUGGGUGGCUCCUGGGGUUUCCCAGGAAAGCCCUUUUCUACCUUGCAUAUUGGGGUACCCUGUUCUGGACCUACACGAACAGAAAGAAAUGAAGUGGCUGACCGAUGCUGGGCCCAGGAGAGAGAACAUCCUGCAGGGCUCGGUUGGCAGGAGCUUGGUUCCUCUGCAGACUCGAAGUUGCCCUGCUGCGACGAGGACAUCCUGUGGCUCAAGCGAAGGCCUAUCUCCAGGUGCUUAGCAAAGCCCAACUCUCCCCUGGCCCCUGGCCGCUCUCCUGAGGCUGCAAGGACACUCAGGACGCUCCAUCAACCCACUGUAGCACGAGCACAGCAGGUGGUCAUUCAAGCACACCAGGAACAGCUGGAUGAAAUGGCCGAGCUGGGCUUCAAGGAGGAGACUCUGGUGAGCCAGCUAGCAUCUAAUGAUUUUGAAGACUUUGUGACCCAGCUGGAUGAAAUCAUGGCCCUGAAAUCCAAGUGCAUCCAGAGUCUGAGGAGCCAGCUGCAGUUAUACCUCACUUGCCACAGGCCAGCCGCAACCCCUGAGAGGACAGCAGUGUCUUAAAGCAAGAUCCUGGAUGGGACGGUGCGGGUAGUGCAAGUCCCUGUGCCCGACCCUUGGGCUGGAGGCGGCCCGCCAAGUCCUCCCUGCACAUGCCAGAACCAUCUGGUACCGCCUGUGCUAGCCUCAUCUCUACACACAUGGCCUUUGAUGAGCCUCUGUCCCUCCCAGCCCCAAGUACGGAGCAGCUAUAAGAAAGGGAGUUUAGAGCUAGAAGAGAAUGCUUUACUAAAUCCUUGCCUGAGGGCAUACAAUUGGACCUGACACCCUAUGGAUGUUGUUAAAUUCAAGGACUGGAGGACGGGGUAGUUAGUGGUAUCUGACCUCUGGAGGUCAGAGGUCACAAUCUAGGGAAGGACGGACAACCUGCUGACCCAGAAGCUUUAUCAGCUGAGUUCUGUCUUCAAAGAUGUAAACACUGGCCCUAAACUAAAACAGUUUUGAAAUUUUUAAAUGAAUAAACCUUGAGAUGUCUUCAGUA